AUGACUGUUGAUAUAGGAGUUAGAAAAGAGCUAACAGGUGCUUUUGGUCCCACUGAGGACUUAAAAGAUGAUGUAAUUGAGAAAUUAUCUACCUUAAUGCAAAUCUUCAAUUUGAGUUCAGAAGACUUGUUUGUUCAUUGGGAAUCAUUCAACGUAACAAAAGUUCAAGAUGAUUUAGAUCUCACACUUCCCAAUCUUGAUUUAUUCCAGGAACAUUUGCAAACAACUUUAGCGAAUGCUUCAAGCAAAGCGACACCAUCUUUAAGAAAGGCUAAAGAUUUGCAAUCGAGUGCUAUGAGAAGGAAGCCGAUAAUAAGGUCCAGUGCUGAUAUCAAUAGCUCAAGUCCAGCAAAUGGGGUUCCUAGUACUCCUAGCUUGAAGAAAAGAAAAGUCACGGAAGAAACACCAGCAUUCAAAACACCACAACUUAGAAUGGAGUCCUCUCCAAUGAAUUAUGCUACUGCAAACAAUACCUUCCAAUCUCCAAUCCCUGAAAUCAAUGAUAAUUUGCAGAGUUCACCUACUCCAUUAUUUAGUAAGCUGUCAAAAAACGAAGAAUCAAACACAGUCAUAGAAACAUUGAAUCCAGAUAUCGAAGAAUUACCUGGAUAUGUGCAACUUAAUGAAGAUCCUUCGACUGCCAUAAAGCCAUUUAAAUUAGCAUCCAAUUUCGAUGCAUCGAAAUUCAAGUACCGUACUAUGUCUAUGAAGUUAUUAGAAAGUGCAGAUGUCUUGGAUGAUCAAAUUGACUCUAUGACCCAAUUGUUUCAAGAAAAUCAAGAGAGUUCGGAUAUACAGUUCGGUAAUCCGUGUUUAUGUUCACAAUUUGACAUUCUUUGUUGUGGUAGAAUUGUCCCAGACUCUCCAUUGUAUGAUAAAUCAGGAAAUCAAGCAUUGAAUGCCACUACCUUAUACUUGGAGACGUCUAGAUUAACAGGAAUAGGACAAAGAAUACCAUUGAAUUUGAAUCAAUUAGUAGAAUAUACUUUUUUUCCAGGUCAGAUAGUAUGCUUGAAGGGAAGAAAUCCUACAGGUCAAUCUUUUAUCGUUCAGGAUAUUCUUCCACUACCCGAGUUAGGAGCUCCUCUUUCGAAUAGGCAAGAACUUGAAGAAUACAAAGAAAUGACAGAUGAUUCAGGUAUAAAAUUGUUUGUUGCAUCUGGUCCAUACUCUAAUCAGCAUUCAUUGAAUUAUCAAAGGUUGGAUUCACUAGUGGAUAGAAUAAAUACCAAGAUCAAACCCCAUUUGGUUAUUUUGUUUGGGCCUUUCAUUGACAUAACUAAUGUUUCAGUUAGUAAAGGUGAUAUUGAACUUCCUGACGAAAAGCAACAGCCUAAGGAUUUGGAUGAAGUUUUCAAAAAGUGUAUAGCACCAAUAAUAAGAAAAAUUAACCCUAGAAUACAAGUGGUAAUGAUUCCUUCAUUAAAGGACUCUUCAAUUAAACAUUGUUCAUACCCGCAAGACUCUUUUGACAAGAAGAAAUUUGGUUUGCCUAAAAAUGUCAAAAUAUUUCCAAACCCUUCAAGUUUUUCCAUCAACGAAGUUUUAGUAGGUUGUUCAAAUCUAGAUAUAUUUAAAGAUUUAAAAGAUGUUUUUAAGAGCAAUGCUGAUGGAAGUAGCAAGUUCUUUAAUAACAGAUUUGAGAGAAUUGCUAACCAUGUAUUUGAACAAAGAAGAUACUACCCUAUAUUUCCAGGUUCAGUUAAAAGAAACAUUUCGAAAGACAAUAAUGAGGCAUCAAAUUCGUUGCAUGAGGGCCUCAUGGGUGAAGAAUAUACUGAUACGGGAAUUGGAGGUUCAUCAUUGGAGGUACCUUACAUGGGAUUGACUGAAUUAGGCGAUUCCUUACCAGAUAUACUCGUCAUUCCUUCAGAAUUAAAGUUCUUUGUUAAAGUAAUAAAGGGUGUUAUAGUCAUCAAUCCAGGUUCUUUCAUUAGGGGUAAUAGAGAUCCAGCAAAAGAGGAUGGUAGUUAUGCUAUUCUUAAUAUCAAAUCCCCUGAUACCUCAGAAAAUUCCGACAAAAAUGUCGAGAAAGUAGAAUCCUCAGAAGAUCUUUACUAUCAUAAUGUACACUUAAGAACGAGGGUUGAUAUUUAUAAGGCUUAA